UCUAGGAUAAAGUUAGCCUCGGCUUCACUUCCUCUGUGCAGAAGAAGAAAUCACCCAAAACACAGAGGAAAAGUUGCGUGACUGCGUGAGACAGAAGAGGUGAGAGAUCCCUCUCUCUCUCCUCUUCUUCUCCCGUUCUCCGUCUAGAAUCUCUCCAAACACAUGCCUAACCCUGCCUUCAACUCUUCACCAAAGAAUCUCUGGAAUCAAUACGAAAGCCCUUCGAGAAGGUUUUCUCUAUGUUAUUUCAAGCAGGAAAAAAAGAGAGAACAAUAAUGUUGUUCUUAUAAAUGGUGAUGAACGUUGAGGCGGUGGCGGCUGUGGUUUUCUAGUCUUUAAGUAUGGAAGUUCACGGAGCGAAAACCUAUAAAGAAAGCCCAAGGGUCUCAUUGUCUUCCUGUGGAGUCCCAUUCUCGCUGCGCGAUAAAAUUUCCAGGAAAAGCGUUUACAACAAGCUCCCGCAGGAGCCCAUCAGGCUCACCGUUCUUAAAUUGGACGGCACUUGUUUCGAGAUCUAUGUAGCGAGGAAUGGGACUGUGGUUAACCUGAAAAAAGGGGUGGAGGCGGCGUUCCGUCAUUUGCCCAAGAAUGGUCCGGGCACAGUCUCAUGGUCGCAUGUAUGGGGAAAUUUUUGCUUGAGUUAUGAUGGUCAGAAGCUUCUCACCGACUCUGAUUCUAUAGGAAAUUAUGGAAUCAAGGAAGGUGAUCAGCUUGAAUUUUUGCGACAUGUCUCCAUUAGUUACCCUGUAAAAACACGAUCAGAAAGAGAGGACACCUGUAUGGAUGAGCCCAGACAAUCUAAAGGCAACGGAGAUAGGCAGCCGGAAUGCAAAGAAGAAAAUAAUCAUCAGGGAAAGCUAGAUUACCAUUGCAUAGAUAUCAACAACGAUGAGGAAGACUGUGUUACUGUUGCAAGCAACUAUGAAUGCAGGUCGGUUCCCUCGCUGAGGAAGUGGUUCUCGUACCGGAGAUUUUCUAGAUCAGAGUCACGAAAGGGAUGAUAGAGCAAUGUAAAAAGACUAGCUGAUGGAGUCAUAGCGAGUUCUGGAAAAGUACAGUUACACGACGAUGUUAAACCUGAAUUGGAACGAGACUUGGAAGGCAGAUUGGGAAGAUUUUGAGAAUCUGGCAUCUAAAUUCUGAUGCUGCCUGCUCAAACUAGUCAUGUACAUUUCUGAAACUCUAAUAUGCAUCAGUGAUUCUGCAGUAUGGUUUUGGGUUAAUUGGAAUAUUUGUAAAGAAUAGUUAUUGAUUACAUUGGAAUCAAAGUCAAGAAAACAAUAAGCAAUGAGAAUUGUUAUUCAAUUUGCCCAAAA